GGCAGUUUCAUUGCUUGUGUUAACCAUGAUAUGAACGGCAAUGUUAUGGCCUCGAAUAUGUCUUCAAACCCACUCCAUCUGUAUUCAAUCAACCUAUCUAAAUGACUGACCAAUUUUUUGAGGUAGCACAGUCUCUCUUUGCUGGAAUGUUGGAUUAGAAAGAACAGCCUUCAGAUGGAUGAACGCUUUACUACGGCGUUGUCUAUAUGGAUCCAUAAACCCCAGGUUGUACAUAAAGAUGUAUUUGCUUCAUCCAUUGUAUCCGAAACUGAUGAAUCCUGCGUAAGAUUUAUCUAUCCGAAGCUCCGUACUGGGAUCAGUGAAUUCACUGAAGUUUGUUCCAAAGGAUCAGCUUAUAAGUUUUCAUCGAUCUCCAUAACUUACAUUAUCGAGGAAACAAAUGGUCGCAUUCAAGUUUCCGUCUUGGAUGAGUCUUCUGGGUUUCUCCAGAGUUCUUGGCUGAAAGACGUCCUUGAACAGAAGCUUAAUCUUUGGUAUUCUUGUGAUGCAAAAGUUAAUAUUCCUUCCCUCUCACUAAUUGAUUGCCGUUUAUAUCAAUUGCAAUACGAACGCUUGAAAAAUACCUAUGGACCUACUCUAGUUAAGAACUGGUCGGAGAAAACAGACCCAAUGAAAUUCGUGUAUGAAGAUAUUGGCAUAGCUUGCUACCUUAUAUGUUUAUGGAAAAAUGAACCUGUUAAUUUCGUCGAUCUUGGUUGUGGAAACGGAUUGUUGACGUACAUACUUUCGUCGGAAGGAUUCACUGGCAUAGGAGUAGAUGUACGUAGAAGGCACAUUUGGAAGUCUUAUCCACUAAGUGUACAACAACGUUUAAAGGAAAUUUCGUUAAAUCCAGAAGAAGUUUGUGGGUUUCCACAAGCCAAUUGGCUAAUUGGGAAUCACAGUGAUGAACUUACACCUUGGUUGCCUAUACUGGCAUGUAAAAGUGGACCAUCAUGCAAGAUAUUUGUUUUACCAUGUUGUCCUUACAGUCUUUUUGGAAAAUUCAAUAUCCCGAAAAGUUCACUUUCAUUUUUACCUGACGACAUAAAUGUCAAACAGAUAACAGAAAAUAGUCGAUAUGGUACAUAUCUUAAUUAUAUACAACACAUUUUUGCCAUUUGCAGAUUUAUACCUGAAGUUGAUGCGCUCAGAAUACCAUCAACCAAACGUAUAUGUAUUGUUGGUCGAGAUAUAAUCGAUUCAAAGUGUUUUGAAAAUAAUGAGCACUCAAACCGUUUGUCUGCUGUUAAUAAAUACAUUGAAUACGAACGUGAUAUUACUUCAAAGCCUAACAAAACGUUUGUUGCACGUCCACCCACAGAGGUUCCCUGUAAUUGUACAAGAGUUUCGAAAUUUGUUCUUGACAAAAUAUCACAUACAGUUUUCAAAGCCUUAUUAAUCUGUAAACCAGAUAAAUAUCGUUUACAAUCCCAUAAUCUUAUGCUUUCUGAUGAUUUAAGAAUAAGAACUUUGGACAAUCGCUGGUGGAAUCCUGGUGGUACAUUAACUUUAUCAGAGUGCAGUGAACUUGUGUCACUAGAAGAUAUGAAAUUAUUAAAAUCUCAGCAUGGUGGUUUGCAAACUGUCUUGAGGAAUCACCAUCAGUGUUUUCGAACUAUCAAAAACACCGUUCAGUUACGUUGGUUACCAGAUAAGAUGGCGAAGCUUAAUGAUUCUGGAAUUCCGUUAUUCAAUAACAAAAAUGGGAAGAAUCGUAAAACAAAACUCUGCUGGAUGUCACUUAACCAUCCAGAUGGUUGUCCAUACACUUCUGAAUUGUGUGACUUUGCCCAUUGCGAAAAUGAACUCCUUAUAAAAAUCGGUUCCAUGAAACAAUAAACAACAAAGCAUUUUCAAUCAAAUAACGUCUUUGUUUUCUCUCCACAAUGUUUUCGUUACGCAAUGAACGUAGCUUAUGAACUGUGUACUGGCAAAGAUUUUGGUAUUCCAAACUUGUUUAGAACAUGAAACUGCACUAAGAACUAAUUUUAUUCUUGAUACUACUUAUAGAAUGAAUAUAAAAAAGCAACUCUAAAACUAUGUGCUAAGUUAUACAACCGACGAAGAUGAUCUCUUGAGAAAUCCAGAGAAGAAAGUAUAUGCUUCCCUGAUAAACCUUCUAACCACAUACUUGGAAGGGUUUGGUGAGUUUGAGGUAGUUGGGCAGUUGGAAUUAGACCAGAUACGGAAGGUUGGUAUGCAACAAUUGGACUACGAGGUCCCUCAUCGCUUUGGGUGGUAGCUGGGAUCGGUGUACCAGGUUCAUCUUGAGACUGAAGAACAAAUACAGAUGGAUAUACAUACGAAAAAGAUUAACAUAGUCCAACUUGUCAAUCAGUUCAUUUAUCCUGAAAAUUACAACAGUCUUAGUAAGUUGGUGGCUGGCGAAAUCUUGGCACCGAUCAAAAGUGUUAAUUCACUUACACCAACUUGCUUUGGAUGUAUAGAGAUGAGAAUAAUGGUGACAAAAUCAUUACCAAAUAAAGAUUCAUAGUCAGAAUGUCAAUAGCAAUCAUACACAUCCUAUUGAACAUUGACCUCUAUUUAACAGAACAAACAAUUAAAGGUGAACAUAUCAGAGGGUAUCAGUAAUAGCCUCUGGAUAAGUGUUUGAAUGUACUACAAAAACAUACUACUUGUUGUUAAUUACCAUCUUAUGUGAUUAAUAUAAAUGAGAUUUAUUAUCUUCACACUAUUUUCAUCAGGAAAACCAUAAUCACUUCUAUAACAAGAGGUUAUAUUACUUAUAGUGAACAGUUUAAGUCACUUUUUAGUGAACUAUUAACAUAAAAUCUAUGCUUAUCAGAAAAACGUUUUACAUGUAACAUUCUCAUCUUCAAAAACGCUAUCAAAUUGAUUUACAAAGAACUCAUAAACCUUUCAAAUCAGAAGAAACUAUCUUGUUAUGUCCCGAUAAGUAUAAUGAAUGGUAACUUUUGGGAUCCAUUUAUGGACAAAUACUAAACGUAUAUUUUUAUCGUAUAAUUGUUAAGUAACUAUACUAUGCAUAUUCAUAUUCUUCUUAUCAUAAGCUUUAUUUUGAACUAUG